GUCACCCUACACAUAGUACAUAUAGGGUGUAAGGAUGUAUGAUCCCCGUAACAGAGAUACCCCAGAGAGAUGUCCCCGUCCUCUGUAUUCCCAGGAUUGUACAGAGGAGAAUCACAGGAUCCCACAGGAGGAUCAGGGUGAGGACAUGACAGAUAUGAAGGUAGAAGAUAUAAAAGAAGAAGAGACGUAUGUGAGAGGUGAUCAGCGGUGUAAGGAGGAGGAAAUCCCUAUAGAUAUCAGCACAGGUGGGCCCAGUAACAGAGAUACCCCAGAGAGAUGUCCCCGUCCUCUGUAUUCCCAGGAUUGUACAGAGGAGAGUCACAGGAUCCCACAGGAGCAUCAGGCAGAAGAAGCAAAGUGGGGAGAAAUGUAUGCAACUAAUGUAAAGGGAGAUGAAGAGACGUAUGUGACUGAUAUAAAGGCAGAAGAUAUAGAGGGAGAAGAAGAGACAUAUGUGACUGAUAUGAAGGCAGAAGAUAUAGAGGGAGAAGAGACGUAUGUGAGAGAUAUGAAGGCAGAAGAUAUAGUUGGAGAAGAAGAGACGUAUGUGACUGAUAUGAAGGCAGAAGAUAUAGAGGGAGAACAAGAGACGUAUGUGACUGAUAUGAAGGUAGAAGAUAUAGAGGGAGAAGAGACGUAUGUGACUGAUAUGAAGGCAGAAGAUAUAGAGGGAGAAGAAGAGAUGUAUGUGACUGAUAUAAAGGCAGAAGAUAUAAAAGGAGAAGAAGAGACGUAUGUGACUGAUAUGAAGGCAGAAGAUAUAGAGGGAGAAGAAGAGAUGUAUGUGACUGAUAUGAAGGUAGAAGAUAUAGAGGGAGAAGAGACGUAUGUGACUGAUAUGAAGGCAGAAGAUAUAGAGGGAGAAGAAGAGAUGUAUGUGACUGAUAUGAAGGCAGAAGAUAUAGAGGGAGAAGAAGAGACGUAUGUGACUGAUAUGAAGGCAGAAGAUAUAGAGGGAGAAGAAGAGACGUUUGUGAGGGGAGAUCAGCUGUGUAAGGAAGAGGAAAUACCUACAGAUAUCAGCACAGAUAGACGCUCGAACAAGAAUACCUCUGUGGGAAAUCUGAUUUUGUCUUCAUCUUUUAAAUUAGAAGAAAAAGUCACACACAAUUUUCCAGAAGAAAACCCCAUUUCCAUAAAUAAAGAUCCAGCACCUCCCAGUGCAGAUAUAUCAUCUGAUCCCUCUGAGCAUAAGGAAUGUCCUGAUAACUCAGCACCACACAGUACAGCUUGUAGAAGUGAUAAAUCCUUUCCCUGUUCUGUUUGUGGGAAAUGUUUUACAAAGAAAUCCCAUCUUGUUAGACAUCAGAGAAGUCACACAGGUGAGAAACCAUUUCCAUGCUCUGAGUGUGAAAAAUGGUUUGCAGAUAAAGCAGGUCUUGCCCGUCAUCAAACAGUUCACACAGGUGUGAAACCAUUUCCAUGCUCUGAGUGUGAAAAAUGGUUUGCAGAGAAAUCAGCUCUUGUCCGUCAUAAAACAGUUCACACAGGUGUGAAACCAUUCCUAUGCCCUGACUGUGGGAAAUGUUUUACACGCAAAUAUCUUCUAACUGGACAUCGGAGUAGUCACACAGGUGUGAAAUUAUUUACAUGUUAUGAGUGUGGGAAAUGUUUUUCUUUGAAAUCAGGUCUUGUUGAACAUAAGAAAAGUCACACAGGUGAGAAACCGUUUCUAUGUACUGAGUGUGGGAAAUCUUAUAGACGUAACUAUCGUCUUGUUGAACAUCAGAGAACUCACACAGGUGAGAAACCAUUUCAAUGUACGGAGUGUGGAAAAUGUUUUACACGCAAGGAACUUCUUUUUGAACAUCAGAGGAUUCACACAGGUGAGAAAUCAUUGCCAUGUUCUGAGUGUGGUAAACUGUUUUCAGAGAAAUCAGUUCUUAUCCGUCAUCAUAGAAUUCACACAGGUGUGAAACCAUUUCCAUGCUCUGAGUGUGAUAAAUGGUUUAUAGAUAAAGCAGGUCUUGUCCGUCAUCAAACAAUUCACACAGGUGUGAAACCAUUUCCAUGCUCUGAGUGUGAAAAAUGGUUUACAGAGAAAUCAGGUCUUGUCUGUCAUCAGAGAAUUCACACAGGUGUGAAACCAUUCCCAUGUCCUGAGUGUGGGAAAUGCUUUGCACUAAAAUCAGAUGUUGCUAAACAUCAGAGACAUCACACAGGUGAGAAACCAUUUUCCUGCCCAGAGUGUGGGAAAUGUUUUGCAAGAACAUCAUCUCUUAUUACACAUCAGAGAAGUCACACAGGAGAGAAGCCAUAUAAGUGUGCUGAGUGUGGGAAGGGUUUUACCAGAAAAACUCAUCUUACUACACAUAAUCAGAGAACUCACAAAGAUGAGAAACCAUGUAAAUGCUCCGAGUGUGGGAAAUGUUUUACUCAGAUAGCAGAUCUUGUUACACAUCAGAAGACCCAUACAGGUGCAAAACCAUAAGUGUUUUCAGAGUGAGAAUUUUGUUCUUUUUUUUGUUUUGUUUUUUAGAAAUCUGGUGUUAGAGAUCAGGGAACUCACACGGGUGAGAAACCAUUUCCAUGUUAUGAGUGUGGGAAAUGUUUUACACUUAUAAAUCAAAUUUUGUUUUUAUAUCGACAUGGAACUGCAAGCAGGUUGGACACAUGAUGUUUCACUGCAACAAAUCGAGAACCGCUGGCUAAGUAAUACUGACACACAACCAAUGCUGUAAUGUAUAUAAUCAUCAUGUUUCCAUGCUGAGAAAGCAGCCAGGUGGCCUAUGAAACGCGUAUGGCUUUGGAAACUGAAAUUGACAUAAGUCUGUGACAUGUUCCCUGCUCAUGAUAUCUCCAUUUUGGAAUAAAACAUUUUUAGAAUAUAAAAACUUAUUUUGUUGGA